CAACAUGCAGAAACUAGGAUUUCUAAACUACAAAAGAGCAGAUUGAUGUUUUAGUUAUGGGUACAUCAACACACAGCUUCUUCAAUAACUCAAUGGCCAUGCUAGAAAACUUGAUUGACAUUUGUAAGGUAUUGUUACCAUUAGAUGCGGCUCUAAAUACCAUCAACUCCAAGGAAAAAGACCAUUUCCCCUGUUUCAGGUGUAGCAUUACCAUCUUAAUAGUGAUAUUUUAUUGCAUAGACAUCAUCAUUUUCUUACAUUGAACAUUUGUUGACAUUACAGUUUUCUUAGAGACCAAAUGGGACGCACAACACUCACCCAACAUUUUUGCCACCAUUUUAAUUAAUAAUUAAUAGUGACAUUGAGCCAAGUUUUGAUUGUUCCAAAUGGCAGACUUCAACAUUUGUUAUGAUUGUUAAAUUAAUUCUUGAUAGCAUUACUAAACAAAACAAUGAUAUAUACAUGUACAAAGUGUUCCCGUUGCAACGCACGGGUAUAUACCUAGUAGAAGAUAAGAAGAGAACCUAUAUAUAAUGAACCGUAUGAGCGUUUUAUAGGAGGGAUGCUAGUUGCUGGUCGCUGGAGUCGGUCUAAAGAAAGAAUGGAGGGGACGUUGCUGCUGCUGCUGCUUGGCCUGCUCCUCGUGCUACCCCUGCUCCUCGUCAAACUCGUUGUCGUCAACAAGUACUUCCCGGCCGCCCCAUGGCAGCCCGGGAAGCCGCCUCUGCGUCUGCCUCCGGGGCCACGGCAGCUGCCGGUGAUCGGCAGCCUCCACCACCUCCUCGCGUCGCGCCACGGCGGCCUCCUUCACCGCGCCAUGCGCGAGCUGUCCAUCCAGCACGGCCCGGUGAUGCUGCUCCGGCUGGGCGCCGUGCCCACGCUGGUGGUGUCCUCGGCCGAGGCGGCCAGGGAGGUGCUGAAGACCCACGACGCGGCGUUCGCCAGCCGGCACCAGACGCCGACGCUGGACGUGUUCAGCCUCGGCGGCCGCGACAUCCUCUUCUCCCCCUACGGCGAGCUGUGGCGCCAGCUCCGGCGGAUCUGCGUGCUGGAGCUCUUCUCGGCGCGCCGCGUGCAGUCGUUCCGCCGCAUCCGUGAGGAGGAGGCCGCGGGGCUGCUCCGGUCCGUGGCCGACUCCUGCGCCGGCGGCAGCGCGGUGGUGGACAUCGGCGAGCGGGCCUGCCGCGCCAUGAACGACACCGUGGUGCGGUCGGCCGUCGGCGGGCGGUGCGCGCGGCGGGACGAGUUCCUGCGCGAGCUCCACAGGGCCGUGGUGCUCACCUCCGGCUUCAACCUGGCCGACCUGUACCCGUCGUCGCGGCUGGUGCGCCGCCUCAGCCGCGCGCUGCGGGAGACCGAGCGGUGCAACCGGAACGUCCGCGACAUUAUGGGCGACAUCAUCCGCGAGCAGCUGCAGACCGCCGCCGGCGACGGCGGGCGGGGAGAACGGGAGGAGGAGGAGAAGGACAACAACCUACUGGCCGUGCUGCUGAGGCUGCAGAGGGACGGCGGCGACGACGCGCAGUGCCCGCUCACCACCGACGUCAUCUCCACCGUCGUCCUGGAGAUCUUCUCGGCGGGGAGCGAGACCUCGGCGACGACCCUGGAGUGGGCGCUGUCGGAGCUGACGAGGAACCCGCGGGUGAUGCGCAGGGCCCAGGCCGAAAUGCGGGAGGCCUUCAGGGGGCAGCGGAGGCUCGGCGAGGCCGACACGGCGAGGCUGAGGUACCUGCCGCUGGUGGUGAAGGAGACGCUGCGGCUGCACGUGCCCGUGCCGUUCCUGCUGCCGCGGGAGUGCCGCGAGGCGUGCCGGGUGAUGGGCUACGACGUGGCCCGGGGCACCAAGGUGCUGGUGAACGCGUGGGCGAUCGCGAGGGACGCCGCGUACUGGGGCGACCCCGAGGCGUUCCGGCCGGAGCGGUUCGAGGGUGGCGGCGGCGCCGUCGACUUCAGAGGCGCCGACAUGGAGUUCAUCCCGUUCGGCGCCGGCAGGCGGAUGUGCCCCGGCAUGUCGCUGGGGCUCGUCAACAUGGAGCUGGCGCUCGCGGGCCUCCUCUACCACUUCGACUGGACGCUCCCGGACGGCGACGGGAAGGUGCUCGACAUGAGCGAGGCGUUCGGGAUCACCGUGAAGAGGAAGUCCAAGCUCGUGCUGCGCGCCACGCCGCGUGUUCCAUUCUCGUAUUGAUGUUGACCCAUCCAUUUGCUUUUCUGUAUUACUAUUAUUAUAUUUUAUGGAUUCGCCACAGCAACAAUGGAGAUGAGAUGAGAUGGAGUAGAGUACGGACAGGGAUAGCGACGUUGCUCACACGACACGACGCGGUAGUCGCAGAGCGGUCAGCUGCCAACCCAAUCUCAAUCCACCUUUUCGGCAGGAUCAGGACUGCGGCAGCACCAGGCAGGCACGUGUGGCGGUCGCCGGCGGAUCAGGACAGCGGCAGCACGCCAGCACCAGACACCAGUGCGCGCUCGUGUCCUGAGUCUUGAGUCCUGACUGGCAACGACGAUAUUGUUGUGAAAAUACACGUUUGAUCAUGGAUAAUAUUGUUAGAGAAUGCUAGUGGGCUUGGCCUAUAUUGUUAGCGAAGCCGCGAUAAUCUUGUAGAGGCUAGCGGUUUAGCAUGUACUCCAUCUUUUUUUUAUUUAUCAUAUUUUAGUAAAAAAUGAAACUAGCGGAGAACAAAUGUUUGAGGCAGUA